AUGGAUUUAGAUGAGGUGGAAAUAGAGAGAAAAAUCGACGAGAUUCAAACAAUGGCGAGGAAGGCAAGAGUUAGGGAAAAACGAGAACUGAAAAACAAUGGUUUUGACAAGAAGUCUGACAAGAAGUUGCCAGUGUCAUCUGUUGGCAUUUUGAGGACCGCAGAUGGGAGAAAAAUUGGGGUUGAGAAGGAUAAAUUACACGAGAAAGAAGGGAAUGGAGCAUUGAUGUUUAAAAAGAAGUACAAAUUUAAAGGCUUGGCGAACAUUUUGGAUGAAAAACCAAAAGGUUUUACAAAUCCGGAGUAUGAAAGUAUUAAUAAGUUCGAGCAAAAAGGAAACAUGGAGAAGGGGAGCGACUUGUUGAGAAAUGGGAAUGAUAACAAUGACAAAGGGGAUUCAAAAGGAAGUGAUUUGAUGCAUUUGGAGAAGAAGCAGUCUGCACCAUCCAAUAAGCUGUUAAAUGGAAAUUAUAGCUUGAAUGGGAAAGAAGUUGGAAACACCCAAGGGGCCAACAACAAUGAGGAUACCAAAUCUGAAAGCGAGCCUGAUUUCUGGUGGUUGAAUCUCCCAUAUGUUCUAGUNCCAACAACAUUGAGGAUACCAAAUCGGAAAGCGAGACUGAUUUCUGGUGGUUGA